AUGACACAAAUUAAAUAUAUGAUUUUAGCGUCAAGACAAGGUAAAAUUAGAUUAAUGAAAUGGUACAUUCCCUUAACUCAAAAGGAGAAAGCCAAAAUUUUAAGGAAUUUAACCACAACAAUUUUAUCAAGAAAGCCAAAAAUGUGUAAUAUUGUUGAAUAUAGUGAUCAUAAAGUUGUUUAUAGAAGGUAUGCUAGUUUAUACUUUAUUUGUGGUAUCACAGCAGAAGUUGACAAUGAGUUACUAAUAUUGGAAGUAAUCCAUAGGUAUGUAGAGGCUAUGGAUAGUUAUUUUGGUAAUGUUUGUGAGUUGGAUAUUAUAUUUAACUUCAGCAAAGCUUAUGAUAUAUUGGAUGAAAUGAUUAUGUGUGAUGGGUCUAUUGCAGAAUCGAGUAAGAAGGAAAUAUUAUUUACGAUGUCAAAUAUGGAUGUUAUGGAAAAUAGCGAUAAUUUAGAUAGAGUACUAAGUUAA